AUGUCAUUAAUAGCAGCUUUUUCGAAUGGUACAUUAGCUCAGAUUCAACAGCAAUUAGUCCAUUAUGGUUAUUCGUCAUAUUUGGUUAUUGGUGUGACUGGCUGUAGUCUAAAUAUUUUACUUCUAACUCGUCGGCAAUUCCGAACAUCAUCAUGUUGCACUUACUUUAAAGCAAUGUCUGUCAUCUCACUUAUUCAUCUAGCCGUGGCUCUUGGUUUAUAUUUAUAUACUCUCCAUUUUGAGGAUCCAGUUGGAACAAAUCUUACCGCUUGUAAAUUACGUUUUUAUAUCGUUCAGUCGACGGCUAUGAUGUAUCGUUGGUGCUUAGUCAUCGCCUGCUUUGACCGAUUUGCUCUUUCAUCGACAAACGUACGACUGAGAAGCUUUGCACAGGUGAAAGUCGCACAACGUGUAUUACCGAUCAAUAUUCUAGUUUGGCUAGUACUUACUAUUCAUAUUCCUAUUGUGUAUAGUGUACGAAACAAUAUCUGUAGUAUUUUCUCAAAUAUAUCUGCAUCACUAUACCAAAGUGUUUUCAUUGCUACCGGUGGUUUUAUUAUUCCAGUGUCUGUUAUGACUAUCUGUGCUCUACUAAUUCGUCGAAAUCUCGCAAUCAAGCGACAACGUCGUCAACAAAAUACUAUUCAAGGAGUCGAACUUCAAAAACUGCAAAGCAGACGCGAUCAGCAAGUUUUAAUCAUGCUAUUUGCACAGAUGUUAUUCUAUGGGAGUACCAUUACACCUCUUUCGGUGAUGUCGUUCUACAGUGCACUAACAAUCUAUAAUGCGAAGAACCUCGAUCGUAUUAUUCGAGAACGAUUCUUGUCGUUUCUUUCAGAAAUGAUCAAUUUUCUUUUUCCGGUUUGUUCAUUUUAUUUGUACACCAUAUCGUCACAGAUUUUCCGUACGGAAUUGAAACUGAUGUUCCAUUCUCUAUUGAGAUGUCAAUGGAACAAUACAAACACACGUAUAGCACCGUCGGGAAACGAAUUGAGAAAUCGAACAGUACCAGAACCCAUAGGUUCAAUAACACAGGGAGCACGGGCGAAAAAACCUGGCAUGAAGAAAGUGAAAAGCAUUACUGACACCACUCAACAGAAACAACAACAACAACAACAACAAGAGCAUUUAAUGUAG